AUCAAGACUCGAUGGUGCGGUACCGCGAAUUGCAUUGCGUUGCGUUGCGUUACGUUGCGUUGCGUUGCGUUGCGUUGCGUUGCGUGUGUAGCAGUCACCUGGCUGCUGCUGAUGGCUGUUCAAUUGCUUCGAUUGCGGCCGAGCGCUCAUCAUCGCGAGUCACUGAGCAGCACCACUUGCAGAAUUCCACUUCCCCAUCUCAUCCCAUCUCAUCCCACCAUCACCUCCUCUCCCACUGCUCACCAUACCAGCCACGCUCAUCCAAUCUCGAUCAGGCACCGCAACAACACCAGCACCGCUCAACAUGUCUCGCCCCCAAAACGUCGGAAUCAAGGGCUUCGAAAUCUACUUCCCAAAACGAUGCAUCUCUCAAGAGGAGUUGGAGGAGUUUGAUGGCGUCUCGAAGGGCAAGUACACCAUCGGCUUCGGCCAAAAGUCCAUGGCCUCGUGCGAUGAUAGGGAGGACAUCAACUCCUUUGCUCUGUCUGUCACGCAAGGGCUGCUCGAAAAGUACUCGAUCGACCCAAAGAGCAUCGGCCGUCUGGAUGUGGGCACCGAGACAAUCAUAGACAAGUCCAAAUCUGUCAAGACGAUGCUCAUGACCCUCUUUGCACAAUCUGGCAACACGGACAUUGAAGGUCUGGACAGCAAGAAUGCCUGCUACGGAGGCACAGCUGCGCUCUUCAACGCCAUCAACUGGGUGGAGAGCAGUUCGUGGGACGGUAGAGACGCCAUCGUCGUUGCUGCCGAUAUUGCAAUCUAUGCUCAAGGACCCGCGAGACCGGUCGGCGGUGCGGGAGCAGUUGCGCUGCUGAUCGGACCCGAUGCGCCUUUGGUCUUCGAACCCGUCCAUGGAACCCACAUGGCCAACUCCUGGGACUUUUACAAGCCAGACUUGUCCUCAGAGUAUCCCAAGGUGGACGGGCCGGAGACGCUGCAGACCUACCUCGGAGCCCUGGACGCUGCGUACGACGCCUAUCGACGCAAGGCAGCCAAAUUCAACGCUGGCGUUGCUCUCGCGAAGGGAGAGUCUGCUGCACCAAACGGAAGCGCUGUUGACCCUCGCGCAUCGGUCAAACUGGACAACUUUGAUUUUGCCAUCUUCCACUCUCCGUACUCCAAGCUCGUACAAAAGGGUUUUGGUCGUGUCCUCUACAACGACUUCUUGGCUGACCCCAAGAACCCAGCGUACGAGAGCGUUCCAGCGGAGUACGCACAGCUCGACCGCAAGAGCACCAUCACGAACAAAGACGUCGAGAAGUUCUUUGCAGGAUUCGGCAAGGAAGCACAGUCAAAGAAGCUUGAACCCACAAUGGACACGGUCAGGCGCGUCGGCAACAUGUACACAGCAUCGCUGUAUGGUGGUCUGGCCAGUCUUCUUAGCAACGCCUCGAGCUCUUCAUUGCAGGACAAGAGAAUCUUGCUCUACUCCUUCGGCUCAGGCUGCGCAGCAAGCGUAUUCGCGAUCAAAGUCAAGGGUGACACGAGCACUUUGGCCAAGAACCUCGACCUCCACGCCAGACUCGACAAGAUGGAGAAGGUGCCUUGUCAAACGUACGUCGACGCCUUGCACCUCCGUGAAGGCACUCACAACGCGGUCCACUACACCCCCAAAGGCGACAUCAACAACCUUUGGCCUGGCACAUACUUCCUUGAGAAUGUUGACGGCGAUUACCGGCGCACGUACGGCCGCACCCCCAAGGCAUAGGGGUGACGCGACUCUGCUAGCAGACGACGGUGCGUAAGGAACAUCGCGCCACGCGUGAAAGCAUAGGACACAGCCGAGUCAGAGCGCCAUGCACAUAUCUUGGACGUGUGCAGUCUGGUCUAAGCGAGAAUGCAUAGCAUGUGCCCAGCACACAGUCAGGUCUGAAGCUGCACGUCUCGAUACGAUAGAGCAGCAGAGCACACGAAGCGAGGAGCGAGGGGCGACUCAGCGUGCAAACGUUCACAAAGGACUGCAAACAAAGCAGACCUGAAAGAUUGCGCGACUGGAGUCUUUAAAUACUUGUGCCCGAAGAGGAAGGUUAGAAACAGUCUUGCACGUCAUG